ACGCAUUGAAAAUUAUACCAUUUAAUAUUUUGAAUGAAAAAUUUCUUAAAAUUGAAUUCUUAAAGAGUGAGUGCCUGUGAGUGCCCCGGGCACUCGUUAGCAAGACUCCUACAAGUAUUACUAUGAGAGGUGCUUUAGAUUUCAUUCAUUCACCGAUACGAUAAAAUAAAAUCUAUAUAUAUGGCACAUGCAAACUCAUCUUCCUUCCAUUACAAUGCAAACCAGUGACAACAACAAACACAUGGCUUCCACACUUUCCUUACUAACUCUUCUUCUCUUCACCGUCAUCUCUUCCGUUAAAUCCUGCCCGCCGUCAGACCGGGCAGCACUCUUAGCUUUCAAAGCUGCCCUUACAGAACCCAACUUAGGCCUCUUCAACUCCUGGUCAGGCUUUGACUGUUGCCGGAACUGGCACGGUGUUAGUUGCAAUCCCACCACAUGGCGUGUUACUGAUAUCAACCUCCGUGGCGACUCCGAAGACCCAAUCUUCCAAAACAAAUCCGGCGACAUGACCGGAAAUAUCUCGCCGGAGAUUUGUAAACUUGAUGAACUCACUACUCUUGUUAUCGCAGACUGGAAAUCAAUUUCCGGUGAAAUUCCUUCCUGCAUUACCUCUCUUUCUUCACUCAGAAUUCUUGACCUCACCGGAAAUAAAAUCUCCGGCGACAUUCCGGGAAACAUCGGUAAGCUUCAGCAUCUCACUGUUUUGAACCUCGGGGAUAAUGCAAUCUCCGGUGAGAUUCCGAUGUCGAUCGUUAGAAUCUCCGGCCUAAUGCAUCUUGACCUUAGUAACAACCAAAUCAUCGGCGAGUUACCUUCCGAUUUCGGUAAACUGCGCAAACUGAGUCGCGCAUUACUGAGUCGGAACCAACUCGUCGGUACAAUUCCCGAUUCUGUUUUAAAAAUGAACCGGCUCGCGGAUUUGGAUUUGUCAAUGAACCGGAUAACUGGUUCGAUUCCGGUUCGACUUGGAAAAAUGCGGGUUUUGUCUACUUUGAAACUUGAUGGUAAUUCUAUGACGGGUCAAAUUCCUUCAACUUUGUUAAGUAAUACGGGUAUGGGUAUUUUGAAUUUGAGUAGAAACGGGUUUGAAGGAACCAUACCCGAUGUAUUCGGGUCAAAAUCUUAUUUCAUGGUUCUUGAUUUAUCGUUUAAUAAGUUAACGGGUCGGGUACCCAAUUCGUUAGCAAAAGCAAAGUUUAUGGGUCAUUUGGAUAUAAGUAAUAACCAUCUUUGUGGAAAUAUCCCAAUUGGGUCACCGUUUGAUCAUCUCGAUGCGGCGUCGUUUAGUAACAAUGAUUGUUUAUGUGGAAAUCCUUUGAAGACUUGUUAAUGUGAAUUAUUGGGGUAUUAUUAUUUAAUUAUUGUUGUUAUUAUUACAGUGAAGUGAAGCUUAAUUAAGUGUGAGUUUGAAUUUGAUGUAAUAUGUUUUUGUCAUGUAACAAUAAUGUAAUAUUAUAGUGGACAAAAAAUAUGGGGCAGAUGGUUGUCACAUGCUAUGCUUAUGCUUGCAUGUGAUUAAAGAAGACAUAGGUCAAGCAAAGUUGGAAUAUAUUGUUUGUAAAAUUGCAUGUGAGUUUGCUUGAUAACGUGAAUGAUUUGGAUUA